UUUUACAUUUUUAUAGUAUUACCGUUCGGUUUGUCUUCUAGUCCUUAUGUGUUCACAAAAUGUUUAAGGCCAUUAGUUAAGUUUUCGAGGAAAAAUGGUAUCUGUGUCGUUAUAUAUUUAGAUGAUGGUAUGGGUACAAAUUCUGAUUUCGAUUCUGCUUAUUUAGAUUCUGUUUUUGUGUCACAGACGUUAUCUAAUGCUGGUUUUGUAGUUAACAUAGAAAAAUCUAUAUGGAAACCUUGUUAGGAGCUUGUUUGGUUAGGUUUGAUUUGGAAUUCGUUGAAUCACAGUAUUCAAGUUCCGUCCCAGAGAUUAGUUGAUCUUAUUACCUGUAUUAAUCGAGUGAUGGACUAUCUACCGUUUGUUAGUGCACGCAUUUUAGCUGGGGUCACCGGGAGAGUAAUUUCUAUGUCACCUGUCAUAGGUAAUGUAACCAGAUUAAUGACUAGAAAUUUGUAUAGAUUGAUUGAGUCACGUGUUUCAUGGGAUUAUAGUUUUAUCUUGAGUGAUCAAGAGGUUAUAGGUGAGUUACAGUUUUGGAAGCAUGAAAUUUCUGCUUUGAAUUUGAAAUGCUUUUCAGAGUAUAAGGUUCCAUCUAUUAUUGUGUAUUCGGAUGCUAGCAGUUUUGCUUGUGGAGCUUAUUCUUGUCAAUUAGAUAAUCAAAUAUUUCAUAAAAUGUGGACUGGUGGAGAGAAAGAGUUGAGUUCGACAUGGAGGGAAUUGAAGGCUAUAGAAUUAUGUAUAGAUACUUUUCAAGGUUGAUAGUCCAGGAUGGGUCGCAAA